AUAGUUUCUUCAUAAAAUAUUACAAUAAGAUAAAAAUCCUGUUAGAAUUUGACUCUUGUCUACGCUCUCAAUUAUUCUAUGCAGUUUUGUCAGCAAGGUCAUGAAUUUUGUUUUGAAUAAAAAAAAUGAUUGAAACAUUCUUUUUUGAACACGAAAUAAUUAAUAUAUUUUUGCUUUGUUUUAUGCGUUUUUAUUAAUAUUGCUUAAAUAAUAACAUUGUGAAAAUUUUCUAGUUGAUAGGUCUUCGAAUUGAGGUACAAACUAUUAACCCAGAAAAAAGAUAAUAAUAAUCAUCAAGAUUUGAUUAGAUCUGAAUAGAAUUCAAAAACAGCAGCUUUCCACAAAACCUAUGACCUGAAUAAAAUCCAUGAUAGAAAGAUGAGAGCGUAGACAAGAGUCAAAUUCUAACAGGAUUUUUAUCUUAUUGUAAUAUUUUAUGAAGAAACUAUCAAUUCUGAAUUUAGUUUUCGAUGUAUUCUCUUUAAUUUAGAUUUUGAUUAUAAAUACUUACUUUCAUCACCGGAAUUAUUUAUUGAAAAACAUUCGAAUGAUUCAAAUAUAAUAAAUCUUGGUUUAGCACUUGAUCAAGUUAAAGUUUCAUCAUCAUUAAUUAUUACUUCAAGUUGGAUAUAUUCAUAUUAUUUAGAAUAUAACCCAUCAUCAUUAUUAAUAUUUGAUUUAUUAAAUCGAAUAACAUUAUUUGAGGAUUUUAAUUUGUGCAUUAAUAAUUUAUUAUCAUCAAGAAAUAUUCUUUCUAUUAAUAAACGAAUAGAAAUAAUUGAAUAUUCAAUCAAACAAAUUAUUUCGAAAGAUGAUGAACAAUGGAAAAUAUUAGAAGAAAAAUUAAAUAAAUGUUUAUUACGUCUUAAAGUUUUAUAUAAACUUUUACCAGAUUAUUACACAGGAUGA